AUGAGGGUGACGCUGCGGUCGCUGCGGAUCGGAUGGUCCGCGAUCCUCGACGUCCCGGAUAAGUGUUUGGUGGGCGAGCUGAGGGCGGAGGCGGCGAAGGCUGCGGGGAUAGAGCCGGCCGGUCGCGCCAAGCUCGUCCUCCGCGGCGCCCCGCUGCAGGCAAGGGACGACGCGCAGAUCGCGCCGCUGAAACCAGGCGAUACCGUCCUCGUCAGCGCCCUGCACUCGGCUCCCAGCGGCGACCGAACCGGCGCGGCGGUCGACGUGACCCUGCCCGCCAGGAUCAACCGCUCCGGGCUCUCGCCGAGGCAGCUGCGCGCGGUCCGGUUUCUGCAGUUCACGUGCGGGGUGCCCGAGCCCGUGAUUCACGCCGCGAUGAGGACGAAGAAGCGCACGCUGGCGACGCUCGCCGCGUGGUGCGUGGCGUGGUACUGGGCGAUAAGGGUCGAGUUCGGAGCCGUGUUCGUGAUCGUGAGCGCCAUGGUGGCCAUAUUCACCGUCGGCCUGGGCACGCGCAAGGAGGGCGAGGCGAGCGCGUACUCGAUAUUCAACGGGUUCAACGAGCUGCCCGGAGCGUUCAACGCGGCUCAACUCGACGACCAGAUGCGGAAUCGAGGCGAGCAGGGACCGUACGUCGACUAG